AUGAGCACCUCCAGCCGGUAUUUCAAAAACACCAGCGAACCAUCCCGACGUGCCAACGCCCCCGAAGAGCUCAUUGCCUCGCUAACCCGCAUCAAUGCCUACAAUCCGCCCGUCCAGACGUGCUCCACGGGCUGGACGUUUCAUGGCCUCUACUACGGGCCGACGUCGAUAGCAUACCUCUUCUUCCGCCUAUCUCAACACUACCCUGACUUGACGUUCAAGGGCCAGUCCCUUCUAGAUUGGGCGCAAGCAUAUCUUGAUCUCGGCGUACAUGGACUUCGCGAGACUGUUGACUCGAACCAUUGUGGAGUCGCCAAUGAAAUGCUCGCUCAACUAGCCAUCCGUGCCGCAAUGGAAAACGACCCUAGCCUUGCGCAACAACUGUGCUCGUACGAAAGUGUUGUCAACGACGCUUCCGGGUCCGACGAGUGGCUGUAUGGCCGUUCUGGAUAUCUCUACUUGCUGCGGCUUGCCCGCUCGGCCUUCGAACAAGACACAAAGACCAUGAAUGUGAUCGAUGCAACACUGCAGAAGACGGUGCGAAGGAUCCUAUCCACGACACAACCUUGGUCAUGGCAUGGCAAAUGCUACCUCGGAGCUGCCCAUGGCACCUUCGGCAUUCUCUGCCAGCUGGUAUUGUCGUCGCCUUCGUCUGCAGAAACCGUCCAGCCCAUUCUUACGCAACUGCUUGAAACAAAGUUCCCGAGCGGCAACUUUCCAUCAUCAUUGCCACCAGGGUCCGACAGGCUUGUUCAGUUCUGUCAUGGGGGACCGGGGGCGGUCCUAGCGUUGAGAUCAUUGCGACCUCAUUUCCCCAAGUUACGGAACAGAAUUGAUUCUGCCAUAGUUGCCGCACAGAGAGAUAUCUGGAAGCGCGGUGUGCUGACAAAACAGCCUUGUCUAUGUCAUGGUAUUGCAGGCAAUGCUCUGGCUCUUGACGACGAAGCAGAAUUCCAGCAUUUCGUGGCUUACAUGGCAAGCGAAGUCCUUGAGAACCAAGGCUGGCUAGACCAGGCAGGUCGGGACGACCAGUUUGUUGGACUCUACACUGGCGAAGCAGGUAGGUCUUGGGUUUGGGCUGUGGCCGACAAGAAGCUGGACAAAAACUGUGUAGGAUUUAACGAUUUAUGA